GGGAGCACUAGUUCAUUCCUAAUUAAAUCCAAAUGUGACUCACAUCUCUGAAGCCCUAACACGGAAAAUGAAGUUCUUGAAAACCAAAACAUCGUAUUAACAUCAGAUCCAAAAUUUACAGGAGAACAAGAUUAUCCUGUCAUUUGGAUUCAAUAGGACACCGAAUCGAACAUAAAAUUGCCUUAUUGCUCAAUGCAACUUGUUUAUGUUACCCAACCUAUUUGAAUUCGGCUCUGCAAUCGGAUCAUGACAUCCCCAGUUUCAAUACCCCAAAGUCUCUCGAGCUUCGUCGCAAUUCUCUAUUAGACGUGGGGCUUUUGCUAAUUAGCCUCGGGAAACGAAAACCCUGCGAACGGAAAGUAGCUUGCGAAGGCGAGAGAGGAAGAAGAAGGGGGCUUUACGGCGAAGGGAAUGGCGGGCUCGUGGCAAGAGUUUCUUCCGUUCCGACCGAGAAUAUCUCGACCGCCUUGUGAGAUUAUUGUAGUCCGCCGGGAACGGAGCAUUUCGUGAUUACUCAGGUGUACAUACUUGGAAGAAGAAGGACCCUCAACACCAAAUCAUUAUUUAAAUAUCCUUUUCGUGUUCCUAAUGGAUCCUGCAUGUAAGAAUUCGUUUCAUCGGCGAAUUUGUGAUGGUGACCUCGUUAUUGUGUAUGAGAGGUAUGAUACCAUGAAGGCAAUCAAAGUGCAAAAUGGCUCGGAAUUCCAAAACAGAUUUGGUGUCUUCCAACAUUCUGACUGGAUUGGAAGGCCUUUUGGGUCCAAGGUACUGAGCAAGAAGGGUGGAUUUGUGUAUUUAUUAGCUCCUACUCCGGAGCUCUGGACUUUAGUCUUAAGCCACAGGACUCAGAUUUUAUAUAUUGCAGAUAUCAGCUUUGUGAUAUCAUACUUGGAAAUUGUUCCAGGUUGUCUGGUUCUGGAGUCUGGAACUGGUAGUGGGUCACUCACGACUUCCCUUGCAAGGGCAGUCGCUCCAUCUGGCCAUGUCUAUACAUUUGAUUUUCAUGAACUUCGAGCUUCCUCUGCAAGAGAGGAUUUUGAGAAGACCAAAUCAAGUAACCUAAUCACUGUGGAUGUCCGCGAUAUUCAAGGCGAAGGAUUUCCAGAGAAGUUUUAUAAGAUGGCAGAUGCUGUGUUUCUUGACCUUCCACAACCUUGGCUGGCCAUACCGUCUGCUGGCAAAACGUUGAAAUGUGAUGGAACCAUAUGCUCCUUCUCACCUUGCAUUGAGCAAGUUCAACGAGCAUGCGAGACACUGAGGUCAUGUGAAUUCACUGAUAUUCGAACAUUUGAGAUACUCCUGCGGACCUAUGAAGUCAAGGAAAUCAAGAUGGAGGGCUAUUCUAAUGAUAAAGGAACAGCCAGUGCCCUUCCUUGCAAGAGGCAGUGUUCUGAUGGUGGUAGCAUAAGCGAGAGAACGAGUAGAAUUACAGUGCGGCCAUCUAGCGAAUCUCGAGGUCACACUGGAUAUCUGACGUUUGCAAGGCUAAGCGUCACCAGCUAAUCUCUCUCUCUCUCUCACUUACACAUUCAUUUUGUGAAGAGAAGUCUCUUCCUGCAUCCUCUGUUACUGCUCUGCCUUGCUGCGAAACCAGAUCUGGGAAAAGCUGUUAUUACAUGUUCAAUCAUUUUUGUAGCAACGCAUCCAUUCUCACUUACUGUGCGCUGCUGUAAUGAAUCUCCUGAAACUCUAACCUCCCACUUUUUUGACAAUUAUGAGAUAAACGAGUAUUUUAGGUGUAUCAUUUUAGAUGUGUCAGACUUGCCGACCUGAAAAAGAGGUGUAUGUGUACCAUGUCUUGUCUAUUUGUCCUUUCAUUCAGAACCCCACUAGGAUCCCUCCCUUGCCAACCAGAAAAAGCCUCUCCAUUGCUUUAAUCUUGUGGUAAACGGAUGUACACACUAAAUAUUGAGAUGCUAGGCGUCAAAAAGGAAGAUCCAUGAUGGUGGUGAUGAUGAUGA